GAGAUGGUCACCUCUCUCUCUUUGUUGCAAGAUUCCUGCUACCAUCCUGCCGACAAGCCUUUCAUGUGCACUUGAACACAACAGAUAAAGACUCGUCUAAGUGCAAUCUCUCGAUCAAUUCAUGAUCGCGUGGUCGGAAUACGUUAUUGACCUCCGGGGUCCUUGUACCUGGAUUCAAUCGCCGUUGACCACAAUAUUCUCUCCCCUGCUUCACCUCGUGAAGAACUAUGGACUUACGUCGAGCCUUGCUCUCGUGACCAACACCGUCUCGGAAGGGGUGACUAUCGCCGAUAUACAAGGAUACGGAUGGCAGUCGCCUUACUCUGGAAAGGUCGUUAGAAAUCUCUCAGGGACUGUUACCGCUCGAGGCCCCAACGGGCUUUGGUUAGCAGGUGACCCUGUUGAAGAUCGCAGAGUGUCAACGGGACUGUACGUGUACAGCCCCGCUCUGUCCCGUCAAGCUUCCAUAGGGGAUGAGAUAUCGCUGUCGGGUCUCGUCACAGAAUACAGAGCUUCGAACCGGCCAUCCGACCUUUUCGUCACGGAGCUGGUGGAGCCGACCUCUCUUGAGUUUCUUUCGCGCAACAAUGUUGUGGCACCUCUCGUCAUUGGGGUAGACCGCGUCCCUCCGUCUGUGUCGCUUUCGGCGCUGGACGAUGCUGCGGGGAUAGACGGAUGGCUAGCGGUACCCAACAAUCAAAGCCUGCUCAGCGCGGCGAACGCCACCCUGCGUCCUGAGCUAUACGGCCUCGAUUUCUGGGAAAGUCUAGAAGGCCGGCUUGUGACCAUACCGAACCCCGUUGCGUUGAAUUUCGAGGAUAGAUUUGGCAGUUUCUGGGUGGUGGGCGAUUGGGAUACGCCAGGUCGGAAUGCCAGAGGUGGUUUGACCUUGUCGUUUGAUACGCUCGGUUUGCCGACUGCAAACGCGGACGCCAUACUCAUCGGUAGGCCGUUAGAUCGAGCGAAGAAUCCCGCAGUUGCCGUCGGUGCCAAGCUUUCCAACAUAACUGGUGUGAUACACUACCAGUAUGGCUUCUUCUCCUUACUGCCGCUCUCCGCACCCUCGGUUCUGUCCGCGCCACCAUACGAACCUCCGGCGUCUUCCCUCGUACCCGAUGCCGACCCGUGUUCUCUGAUCAUAGGUGACUACAACGUCGAAAACAUGUCGCCUAAAUCAGCGCACUUACCCAUUGUGGCUGAGCACAUCGCCCUCAACCUGCAAGCGCCUUCAAUCAUGCUUCUCCAAGAGAUCCAAGACGACUCUGGGUCUAAGAACGACGGGACGGUGUCCGCUAACGUUACGCUCACGACUCUCGUCGACGCUAUCUAUGCUGCCAGUAACAGCACGGUGCAGUAUGCAUUCACAGACGUACCUCCCAUCGAUAACCAUGAUGGAGGUCAACCUGGUGGGAACAUCAGAGUAGCAUACCUGUACCGUCCCGACAAAGUUGCGUUGGUGCCCGGACCACGCGCAGGCGGGCCCACUGAAGCUAAUGCGGUCGUUGCGGACUCCGCGGGCAACGCGGUGCUCAGAUUUAACCCGGGUCGAAUCGAACCUUCGUCAGCGGCGUGGAACGACGCGCGCAAACCGCUCGCGGCUCAUUGGCAGACGUCUACCGGCGAGCGGUUUUUCACCAUCAACGUUCACUUCUCGUCGAAGCGUGGCAGCACUUCGACGCACGGCGACCCGCGUCCUCCCAUCAACGGGGCAGUCGAGACCAGGCUUGCUCAGGCUAACAUUACUGCUGCGUUUGUCCGGGACCUGCUCGCCAUAGAUCCGCAAGCGAGCGUGAUUCUUGGUGGAGACAUGAACGAGUUUGUUCAUGCACGAUCCGUAUUCGCGUCGUUCACGGACACGCUAUACGAUAUCAAUGAAGUUUCCGGAGUAAAUCCGGUUGAGCGUUAUACAUACGCAUACGAUCAAAAUACGGAGGAGUUGGAUCAUCUUUUCGUCUCACGAUCCAUUGCCGAUCGGGGAACGGAAGUGGAGCACGUCCAUGUUAACACCUGGGCGCCCUCGAAGCGAGCGCAGGUGUCCGAUCAUGACCCAACGCUCUCCAAGAUUCGUAUAUGUACGAAUUUACAGAGGUUUCACGGAUCCCUUGGAGGUAUUUCGCCAAAGCCUGUGACGGAGCGUCACGGUCAAUAUCGGACGGAUGAUGAAGUUUACUCGUCUCUCGCGGCGGCGCGAGCAGCAUCUUGCGACGCCCAGCGGAAAGCUUGCAUAUCUUACGCGCGGAGUCAUGAAGGUGUUACGCGUCUGGGAUGCAUUGGCCAAGAAGCGCGAUGCCUAACCCGUGUCGUGGCAUAGUGACAUAGCUGGCCGAGCAAUAGCUCCAUUACUGUCAUUAGGAACGCCAAUCUGAC